AUGCCUGGUGGAAAGGGAAAGUCUUCUGGCGGAAAGAGCUCCGGCGGCAAGACGAGCGCUGCUGAGGGCACCAAGAAGCAGCAGAGCCACUCUGCUCGUGCUGGUCUUCAGUUCCCCUGCGGUCGUGUCAAGCGUUUCCUCAAGCAGAACACCCAACAGAAGAUGCGUGUGGGAGCCAAGGCUGCCGUAUACGUUACAGCUGUUCUGGAGUACCUGACUGCCGAAGUCCUCGAGUUGGCAGGCAACGCUGCAAAGGAUCUCAAGGUGAAGCGUAUCACACCCCGCCACCUCCAGCUUGCCAUUCGUGGUGACGAAGAGCUCGACACUCUGAUCCGUGCAACAAUCGCCUACGGUGGUGUCCUGCCACACAUCAACCGCGCUCUGCUGCUCAAGGUCGAGCAGAAGAAGAAGGCCAAGGCACUUGAAGGCUAA